AGCCCCCUCCGCCUCCCAAGUAACCCAAGGUGCAGGGCCUCUCACUCCACACGCACGCACGCUCACUCUACUCAGCCGCUCAGUCCCGGAGCGAGCGACAGAGAGAUGGCGGACUUGCUCAAAAUUCCGGCGUAUGGCUCCAGAUUCCGCGACAUACGUGGCCAGUGCAGGCAGCGCAGGCACUCGCAGAAGCCUUCCGUCCUUAUCCGUUCCAUCGGCUUCAGGAACUUCGCCGGCCUUCGCCCCUUCGAUUCCUCCGCAAGGUUACUCCGGAACGCCGUCCACGUCGCAAGACCAGAAGCUGCUUCUCGCUUCUCAAAUGACAAACACAGGAGAUGCUCUGUGGUUGCCAUGGCUAUCGACGACGAAAAGCGACAAGUACCAUUAAAAGAUUACCGCAAUAUUGGAAUUAUGGCUCAUAUAGAUGCGGGUAAGACGACAACAACAGAACGUGUUUUGUACUAUACAGGUAGGAACUAUAAGAUAGGGGAAGUCCAUGAAGGAACUGCUACAAUGGAUUGGAUGGAGCAGGAACAAGAAAGGGGUAUAACCAUCACUUCUGCUGCAACAACCACCUUUUGGAACAAGCAUCGUAUAAACAUCAUUGACACGCCUGGACAUGUGGACUUCACACUAGAAGUUGAGAGAGCAUUAAGAGUACUGGAUGGUGCAAUAUGCUUGUUUGACAGUGUUGCUGGUGUGGAGCCACAAUCAGAAACUGUAUGGAGACAAGCAGACAAGUAUGGGGUGCCAAGAAUAUGCUUUGUCAAUAAGAUGGACCGUCUUGGGGCAAACUUCUUCCGAACCAGAGAUAUGAUUGUCACAAAUUUGGGUGCAAAGCCUCUUGUGCUUCAGAUUCCGUUAGGUGCAGAGGACAGUUUCCAGGGAGUUAUUGAUCUUGUCCAAAUGAAUUCGGUUGUUUGGUCUGGAGAAGAACUGGGUGCAAAGUAUUCUUACCAGGAUAUACCUAGCGAUCUUCAAGACUUAGCUCAACAAUACAGAGCGCAGUUGGUUGAAACUGUGGUUGAACUAGAUGAUGAAGCUAUGGAGAAUUAUCUUGAAGGUGUUGAACCAGAUGAGGGGACUCUCAAAAAAUUGAUUAGAAAGGGAACUAUCUCUGGUAGUUUCGUUCCACUUUUAUGUGGUUCAGCUUUUAAAAACAAGGGAGUGCAGCUCUUACUUGAUGCUGUGGUAGAUUAUUUGCCUUCUCCAUUGGACGUCCCACCGAUGAAAGGAACGGACCCUGAUGACCCUGAAACUGUCAUUGAGAGAGUUGCAAAUGAUGAAGAACCAUUUUCUGGUCUAGCAUUUAAAGUCAUGAGCGAUCCAUUUGUUGGAUCCCUUACAUUUGUAAGAGUAUACUCGGGGAAGCUGACUGCUGGUUCCUAUGUUCUGAAUGCAAACAAAGGCAAAAAAGAGAGGAUUGGACGACUUCUAGAGAUGCAUGCCAAUAGUAAGGAGGAUGUGAAGACUGCAUUGACUGGUGAUAUAGUUGCACUUGCAGGACUGAAAGAUACCAUAACAGGUGAAACUCUUUGCGAUCCUGAGAAGCCAGUUGUUCUGGAAAGGAUGGAUUUCCCAGAUCCUGUUAUUAAAGUAGCAAUAGAACCCAAAACAAAAGCGGACAUAGACAAAAUGGCUCUUGGACUGAUUAAACUUGCUCAGGAAGACCCGUCUUUUCACUUUUCAAGGGAUGAUGAGACUAACCAGACUGUCAUUGAAGGAAUGGGAGAACUCCAUCUCGAGAUCAUUGUUGAUCGACUGAAAAGAGAGUUUAAGGUUGAAGCAAAUGUUGGGGCACCACAAGUAAAUUACCGUGAGAGCAUUUCUAAGACUUCAGAGGUAAAGUAUGUCCACAAGAAACAGUCAGGGGGAGCUGGUCAGUUUGCAGAUAUCACUGUGAGGUUUGAGCCCAUGCAAGCUGGAUCUGGUUAUGAAUUUAAGAGUGAGAUAAAGGGUGGUGCUGUUCCCAAGGAAUAUAUACCUGGUGUGAUGAAAGGUCUGGAAGAAUGUAUGAGUAAUGGUGUGCUUGCUGGGUAUCCAGUUGUUGAUGUGCGUGCAGUGCUAGUUGAUGGUUCAUACCAUGAUGUUGAUUCAAGUGUGUUGGCAUUCCAACUGGCAGCCAGAGGUGCGUUCCGUGAUGGUAUGCGCAAAGCAGCGCCAAGAUUGCUGGAGCCUAUUAUGGAAGUUGAAGUAGUCACUCCAGAGGAUCACUUGGGUGAUGUUAUUGGUGAUCUGAACUCAAGAAGAGGCCAGAUCAAUAAUUUUGGUGAUAAACCUGGAGGUCUCAAGGUUGUUGAUGCUUUGGUCCCACUAGCUGAAAUGUUUCAGUAUGUUAGCACACUCCGUGGAAUGACAAAAGGGCGUGCAUCUUACACCAUGCAGUUAGCCAAGUUUGAUGUUGUUCCUCAGCAUAUACAGAACCAGCUUGCAUCCAAAGAACAAGAAGUUCCUGCUUGACAAAAUUCCUCCUGCAUCAAGCGCAACGUUGUUGUUGGUGCUUCACCGUCUCUGUUGGGUAUGAGCUUCAAAAUAUUUAGCUUGUAUUUUACUUAUUUUUGCUUGUAUAAAUAGGUGAACUUUUUUUUUCAAGAGGUUAUCUAUUUUUGUUUAAUUUUCA